CCGUUAUGAAUCUUUUCGAGACCAGUCUCGUCCCAACGGCCGUUCGCGAACCUCGAGAUUGUCUGCGAAAAUCAUCAAUUCUUUUCUCGACGGCUGUCUAGAAUCUUGAAAUAUUUUCUCGAAGAAUAAAACAGAUCGGUGUAUUGUUGUGACAGUAAAAUAGAUAAAGUAUUUAUAUUCACGCAGUGUUUGAGAAAAGUGUGUGUGUUUUUUUUUUAAAUUUAAAAGAAAUAUCUCAUUAUGAAAAUAGUGUGCAGGUUGAUAGUAGUUUUAUUUUUUCGACAAGCUCUUGCUGGAGUCGCUAAAAAGCCGCCGGCCUUUUCAACGCCAGUGUAUUCGAAUUCAUAUCUUCCUGCCGCUAUGCAGGUGAUUUUUCAUGCGGUCGAGCAAUUGAAAGUACUGCAAGUAGAAGAGACGCAAACAGUAACCCAAUCGUCGUCAGCAACGACUUUGCCGAUGAAGGAUCAACAAUCGCUAUCGACGACGUCCGAAGGAAUUUCUGUGACGACAACCGUCACGAAAGCGCACGACGAACAGACAGAAAUUUCUCAACUGUCCUCGACUCCAAUGAAUAAAAUAUCGAAUCAAGAUUUGUUCGAAACUUCCGAUCCGCCGGAAGUCGCGCAACAUGUGGAAAAUUCGACCGUUUCAAUAGUCUUUAACAGUGAUGACCACGAAGAACCGCCCGAAGUGAACGAAGAAAUGGUCGAAAUCAAUUACGAGUCAUCGGCCACGCCGGAAACAAAUCACGAAUUGCCGGAGGUUGUCCAGGAGACGCAGGAAUUCAAUCAGGAAUUCCCAGAGAAGAGCGAAGAGGAAGAAAAAUUCUUCACGGUGAUAAAUUCAUCGGUAAACUCCUUCAGCGAAGCGCCCGUCGUCGAAACUUCGCUACACGACGUUGUAUCGCAACAGCAGUCAACACAGACUUCUGUGACAGAUGAAAUGCCAGAUGAUAAGCAGAAGAAAAAGAAACCGACUAUUGAUAGCAUUGUGGACGAAAUUUACGGAAUUGUGAAGACAACUAGCUCUCCGUUCAUCGAGGACUCGGAUAUGAGCGACGAGUCAAAGAGCGUAACGGAACUUUCGAUCGAAAAGAUGGAAAAUAUUGAAGACGAAGAGGAUGAAACGAGGUUCACUCUGCUGGGUGAGAAAGUGGCUCAAGUACCACGACCAAGUUUGAACAGCUACUUAAGGCGCACCAAAGUACCGCCUAGGCCGGCACUUCAACAGCUGGCGAGCCUCUACGACGCUCUGAGCAAGGAUGCGCGGAAGCAAGGAUUCGCACGUUUCGCCGGGUACUCGAACGAGGUUCUGAAGACUCUGGAGUCGUCCGCCGAGGGUGGGAUCGGACCGCAGUUAAAACAACUGCUGAAGAAGGUCGUUGAGCGAAACGAGCUCACCAGAGACGACGCGAAGACAAAAACUUCACAGGCGUUGCGAGAUCUCGACGAUCCUGGCAGCGCGCUCAACAUGGAUCUGAGACGUUUGUUACCUUUACGUUUUACAGCUUGAUGAGGAACGUGUCAUGUAAAACGUUCUGAUAUACUUUGUGGAAAAAAAUAUAAAUGUAUUAUAUAUGAAAAAAAAUAUUAUAUCUUGAAGGAGUAAAAAAAUCAAUGUUCGUAAACGCUUGCGCGUUUAGAGAUUCUAAAAGUGUGUUUUGUUUUCAGGAAAUAAGAAGAUACAUACACAUUGAUAUUUUAUUUACCUCCAUAUAUUUUAAAUGCAAAA